AUGACGCCGAAGGAUUUUGCGGCAGUCCCCGGCACGGAAACAGUGCACUAUGUUGAGAUCGCCGGCAAGACUUCCAUGCCCAAUAUCGUUGAGAUCAAGAAGAAUUCUCAGUCCAUGUCGAAGAAGCUCGGAAAGGCCAUGAAGACCAGCUUGGGGAGAAUGAUGCCGUCCAAGCCGGGUGCCAAGUCACCUGCUCAGCUUGAAUACCCAGAGCUCGAAAUCCUUCCCAUCAAGGAAGGUUACAAAGACCUAGAAGCGCUCCAAAAGAGCAUCGAAACAUUGAAGGGCAGUGAGCAUGCCAAGAUGGCCAACAAUCCAGCUCUUGCUAUUGCUGAAAUGGAGGACCAGUCGGCGUCCUCCUUGAGUACUCUUCCUGCGCAGCUCCUGGAAGCCGAGCACGUCAGACACGAAUCUGCCAAUGAGACCGCCAACGUCGCCCAGAAUGAUGUCGCGCUGAAGAGCAAGGACGCUCACAGCGAUGAUACUGAAGCACCGACCAUCCGUCCCGUUACUCCAGCUAACAUGAUAAUGCUUCCUGCGGGAGAUUCUACCGCUGCCACAACUGAGCAGUGGGCCACCCCGGCCAGUCGUCUGUCUUAUAACACAGCUCUUGAUGAUAACGAUGCAGGUGAUAGUCAGCGGAGUCAGUCUUGA